UACCCCAGAUCCCAGAUGUGGUGUGAUCAGCUGUGAGUAGUUUUGUCAAAUGAUUCUGAAAGUUUUCCAAUGAAUUUCCAUUUUCCAAAUGGAUUGAUCGACCUAUUAGUGGUGUUGACGAUUCGGUAGCACCGUUAGGAAACUACAAAUAGUCACAGAACCGCAUUAUCUCAGGAAAAAUUUCAAUGAUAAAAAUGAUAACAUAUCAGUGGCAUUAGCAGAGACGAGACGACAAAAGUUUGUUUUUCUUUUGGUUCAUUCUUUUGUUUCUUUUUUGUCGUGUUGUGGACGGAUCAGUUGAUUGGCUGCACAACACAUGCAAUUCAACUUGACAUUUGAGAAUUUUGCACUGGGGCAAUGCUAGUGGGACCCUGUGCAUCUCCGCGAAUAGUGGGUUGGAUUAGUCUGAGGCCCUCAAAUGGGCAAUUGUUUAACUUGCUUCAAGGAGCCCAGUCCCACGGCCCUCGAGAACGAUACUCCACCUGCCACUAAAGAGGAAAUGCCUGAAGCUCAUCCAUACACAGCUACAGUUGUUCAGCUGAAUCCCACUGUUGCAGAAGUAUCUCUAGCUGAGCAGUCUCUGCUGAGCAACGGCAAUCAUCUGUCUUCUUCACAAUUGUCUGAUAGUGCACCAGCUGCAGCUAUAAGGUUUUACCAGAGAAGGGGUCAAUCAAAAUCAGCACCCAUGGGUUUGUCAGAUAGUAAACCAUCUGAUGUUAAGUUGAAUGCCUUGUUUGAUGUGUACAAAGAUGAGGAUGAUUGCAUAUUAGCUGAUGGUAUUGAGCAAUUGUGCAAGGACCUUCAAGUGUCUCCGGAUGAGUUCAAAGUGCUGCUGCUGGCGUGGAAGCUGGAAGCAGCACAGAUGUGUAGGUUUACGCGUGAGGAGUUUGUGACUGGUAUGAAGAAGUUACGCGCGGAUUCCAUAAAGAGCCUUCAAGCUCGAUUGCCGGAGGUCGUGGUCGAAGUGGAGCGUAACGAUGAAUCCUUCAAGAAUCUCUACAGGUUCACAUUCAAGUUCGGUUUGGAUUCGGCGGAGGGCCAACGUAUCCUGCCCAUGGAUGUGGCAAUGAUACUUUGGCGAUUGGUGUUCACAGUGCGCGAACCGCCUAUCCUCGAUCGUUGGCUGAACUUCCUCAAGAAACACGAACAGUAUAGGGGAAUUCCCAAGGACACCUGGAACAUGUUCUUGAACUUCUCCGACACCGUUGGCGACGAUCUCAGCUCGUACGACGACAACGAGGCAUGGCCUAGUCUUUUCGACGACUUUGUCGAAUUCGAAAACGACCAGGCCAACCAGAAUGUGACUAAGGACAAGGACUGUGAAGGCCUAAUUAUAACUAAAGACGACUGUCUUUGCGAGUGAUUGCGCCCACCACCGUCUGAUUGAUAUUGAGAGCUGUGUAUUUUUUUUUGGUUCUUCUUUCCUUUCUAUUUAUUUUUUUUUGCCACUACAAAAAUGCCCUACAGAGGACUUUUAUAUCAAUUGUAAUAUCUUAACAUAGAGAAUUUUUGUAGUAGCAAUCCUUUUUUUUAUUUUUAAGUGAAAUAUAUAAUAUUUAUAUUAUUAAAAUUUAAAUAUAUAAAAACUGCCUAUGUAUUUUAAUAUUUGAGUAUAUAUAUAUUGUAUAAAAGAUGAAAUCUAAAUAUCUUUGAUGAUAUUGCAGUUGUCUAAGGUGGCGAAGACGAAAAGAAGAAAGACCUGUACUGACAGAAAAGCAACUAUGUUUAUUUUUUUUUCUUUUGGUUUUGAUUGUUUUAUGUCUAUGUUGAUGUAGCUUUGUUUAGUUUGUAAUGCCGACAAGACAAACAAGAGAUAUUGUAAAACCUAAAACUAACAAAAAGAAGGCAGUAACAGAGAAAAAUGAAUUGAAUGAAU